AGUGGGCUGCUACUGCUAUUGACAGUGUACAACUGUAGCCCGCCAGUCGGGUAAUUCCUGCAUGAAGUAUUAUCUGACUUUUAUCGACACCUCCUACUAUAGGCUGUAGAAAAAGCUAUCCAAAUAGCCAUUUUACUAGUUGAAGUUGAAUUGUUUAUUUAUUUUAUUUUUACGUAUAAUGCAGUUGAUGCGAUGAUAACACAAGCAUUGAGCAGGAUAUUCAUACGAGCCGUCAAAUCAUUAUACAAAAGUAGUGUGAAAUGCGUUCAUAAGAAGCAGGCUUUUUUUCUUGAGUUCGACAACAACUCCUUGUUCUGUCACCAAUGUGCCCGCAUCGCCCUCGUGCGGCAAUGUUUGCCAGUCUACCGGUCGCCCCCGCUAGUACAGCAGACCGUAGUUAGCUAACAGGCGGUGUCGCUCCCGCCUGCUGGGAUAAACUGCCAGACAGACGGGGGGUGAAGGACACGCUGUCUACUGGUCGUCCCCGCAACUCAUUGUCUGAGACCAUGAACUACGUGGGCCAGUUGGCAGGCCAGGUGUUUGUGCAGGUGAAGGAGCUGUACCGGGGCCUUAACCCGGCCACCCUGUCGGGCUGCAUCGAUGUCAUCGUGGUGCGUCAGCCUGACGGCACCCUGCAGUGCUCGCCCUUCCACGUUCGCUUCGGCAAGAUGGGUGUGCUACGCUCCCGUGAGAAAGUGGUGGACAUAGAGAUCAAUGGAGAGCCUGUGAGUCUACAAAUGAAGCUGGGGGAGAACGGAGAGGCCUUUUUCGUCAAGGAGACAGAGAACACACUGGAAGGGAUUCCGUCCUACCUGGCAACGUCACCUAUUGUGUCCCAUGGGGUGGAGCUAAUGGAAGCCCAGCUGGGGAAGGGUAUGUCUCGCCUCUCUGACCCCGCCUCCCUCUCGGUCCAGACCCUGAGCUCCCAGCAGACCAUAGGAGGAGGAGGAGGAGGGAUGAUGAUGAAAAAGAGGAGGAAGAGGAGGAAGAAAGCGCGGGAGAGCGGAGGUGGUAGGCGGGAAGAGAGUGGGGAGCACUCAGAGGAUGAGGACAUGUUCACCAUCGAUAUGAGCACUGACGAGGAGCAAGAGCACGAUAACAACUCCAGCAGGGCCUCUACUCCAGAGUUUGAUGAAGAGCAUGGGCCUAAGGCCAGUGUGUUGAGCAGCACCUACACCCAGAACACAACAUACACACACCCUGACGCAGACUGGGCACACUCGCAGAGUCCUCUGAUAGAACAUACUCUGUCUAUCCCUCCUAGCGGUGGUCUGUCCAUCUCCUGUCCACAGCAGACUUCUCUCUUCCCUUCUCCGAUCAGCAGCCCAGGCGGCUCCAGCCCCUCCACUCCAAAGAGUGACUCAGAGCUGACCAAUCAGAGCAAAGACAACCCUGAGAUGAUGUGGGCCUGGGGAGAGCUACCACAAGCUGCCAAGCCCUCCUUCUUCCCUCCGUUCCAGAUGCAAGAUUCUUUGAUGAUGUCCCCUGUCACCAUCCCUGUGUGUGACAGCACACACUUCAGAACCAUCACUGGAGACGGUGGCCCCUCUGAUCCGAUCCAGUCCCAGAGCCAAAAAGACAGCGCCCCCCCGUCCCUCACCCUGUAUGUUCCACAGCCCGAAGACAAUAUAGCUGGGGCCGGGUCUGGAGCAAGGUCUGGGGCCGGGUCUGGAGCAAGGUCUGGGGCCGGGUCUGGAGCAAGGUCUGGGGCCGGGUCUGGAGCAGGGUCUGGAGGAGGGUCUGGAGCCGGGUCUGGAGCAGGGUCUGGGGCAGGGUCUGGAGCAGGGUCUGGAGCAGGGUCUGGGGCCGGGUCUGGGGCCGGGUCUGGAGCAGGGUCUGGAGCAGGGUCUGGGGCAGGGUCUGAGGCUGGGUCUGGGGCCGGGUCUUGGGCUGGGUCUGGGGCCGGGUGUGGGGCAAGGUCUUGGCCUGGAGGAGACAUGGAGGAAGUAUGGGCAGCCUGUAGAGAGGUGGAGGGACUGGUGGCCUCCAGGAUGCUGUCAGAACUGGAUGAGGGGUGCCAUAGGGACAACACGGUCAGACACACAGACUCCCCAUCUAAGAGGAAAGACAAGAGGAGCCACCACCUGGGCUCUGAUGGAAUCUACCUGGAUGACAUCACUGAGCUGGAGCCAGAUGUGGCCGCUCUCUACUUCCCCAAAAGUGACGGGGGAGGUUCGGUGAGAGGUGGCUUGGAAACGGGAGUGCGGAGUGCCAACCAAUCCCCUCAGUCGGUGGGCAGCAGUGGGAUGGACAGCGGCGUGGACAGCUACUCUGACCAGCUGGGAGAUAUGCCCAACAUCGCCAUCUCCCUGUGUGGAGGUCUAACUGACAACAGAGAGAUCACAAGAGAACAGUUUGAGGAGAGAGCCAUCUCUUACCAGCAGUUCACUGAGAACCCCUCCAUCAUUGACGAUCCCAACCUGGUUGUCAAGAUAGGAACCAAGUACUAUAACUGGACCACUGCAGCCCCUCUGAUGCUGGCUAUGCAGGUGUAUCAGAAGCCCCUGCCAAUGGCCUCAGUGGAGAACAUCAUGAAGGAGAAGAUGCCCAAGAAAGGAGGCCGCUGGUGGUUCUCGUGGCGCAGCAGGAACAGCGACUCCAAAUCGGACUCCGUGUCUGAGACAGGAGUUGGAGAUGAGGGUGACACCUCUCUCAGCAUGGCUUCAGUCAACGGAAUGAAGGAGGAGUCUUCCUCCAGCGAUGAGGACCACAGAUUGUCCAAUCAGGGCUCAGAAUCCUGCAAAGCCGAGCCCCUUCUCACACCCGGUAGUGUGUGCUACAGGAAGACCCUCAGACUGACCCCAGAACAGCUGGCCAGUCUGCAGUUGAAGGUGGGUCCUAAUGAGGUGGUGUUCAGUGUGACCACUCAGUACCAGGGCACCUGUCGCUGCCAGGGCACCAUCUACCUCUGGAGCUGGGACGACAAGAUCAUCAUCUCAGACAUUGACGGCACUAUCACCAGGUCGGACACCCUGGGCCACAUUCUUCCCACGCUGGGUAAAGACUGGACGCAUCAGGGCAUUGCCCGCCUCUACCACCGAGUCAGCCAGAAUGGUUAUAAGUUUAUGUACUGCUCAGCGAGGGCCAUAGGUAUGGCUGAUAUGACGAGGGGGUAUCUACACUGGGUCAACGAGAGAGGAACCAUGCUGCCUAUUGGACCUGUCCUACUCAGCCCCAGCAGUCUGUUCUCAGCUCUGCACAGGGAGGUGAUAGAGAAGAAGCCUGAGAGGUUUAAGAUCCAGUGUCUGACCGACGUGAAGCAGCUGUUCUACCCCAACACUGAGCCUUUCUACGCAGCCUUCGGCAACAGAGCCACGGAUGUGUAUUCCUAUAAGGAGGUGGGCGUUCCCCUAAACAGGAUCUUCACAGUCAACCCCAAGGGAGAGCUGAUACAGGAACACGCUAAAACCAACAUCUCAUCGUAUGGUGGUCUGUGUGAGGUGGUGGACCACGUCUUUCCCCUGUUGAUCAGAGGCCACGUUUCUGACGUCUCCUGCCCUGACACCUUCAGCCAGUUCACCUACUGGAGAGAACAGCUGCCCCAGGUCCACAUCCCUGACCAGGUCCACGUCCCUGACCAGGUCCACAUCCCUGACCAGGUCCACAGCCCCGACCACCCACCGGUCCACAGCCCCAAGUCCACAUCCCUGACAAGGUCCACGUCCCUGACCAGGUCCACCUCCCUGACCGGUCCACAGCCCCGACCACCCACCGGUCCACAGCCCCAAGUCCACAGCCCCGACCAGCCCCAAGUCCACAGUGCCGACCAGCCCCUGGACAACAGCUGAGGAGACCCCACACCACAUCAGACCACCCCAGGAGUGAGCUGUGUGCAAUCACGGAAGGGAAGGGAGAGACACGCUCAAAAUCAUAAUGAUGCAGGCAUGCAAAUGCAAGAAGCAUGUAUCUGCUCUAAUGCCACACACACACACACAGCUAUGCAGAGGCAGACCUUGCACUAGUGAACAUGUACUUCCUACAACAACAGGCAUGUUAGCACUGAGUGGUAUUUAUAUGUAGUCAUCAUUUAUAUUUAUGUUUUACUCUUCAGUGUUGUUUUCUCUGCAUUAUCUAGCCUAGUUAUACAGGGCCUACUGUUCAUCAGGUGAAAUAGGUACAUUAUCUAGCCUAGUUAUACAGGGCCUACUGUUCAUCAGGUGAAAUAGGUACAUUAUCUAGCCUAGUUAUACACGGCCUACUGUUCAUCAGGUGAAAUAGGUACAUUAUCUAGCCUAGUUAUACAGGGCCUACUGUUCAUCAGGUGAAAUAGGUACAUUAUCUAGCCUAGUUAUACAGGGCCUACUGUUCAUCAGGUGAAAUAGGUACAUUAUCUAGCCUAGUUAUACAGGGCCUACUGUUCAUCAGGUGAAAUAGGUACAUUAUCUAGCCUAGUUAUACAGGGCCUACUGUUCAUCAGGUGAAAUAGGUACAUUAUCUAGCCUAGUUAUACAGGGCCUACUGUUCAUCAGGUGAAAUAGGUACAUUAUCUAGCCUAGUUAUACAGGGCCUACUGUUCAUCAGGUGAAAUAGGUACAUUAUCUAGCCUAGUUAUACAGGGCCUACUGUUCAUCAGGUGAAAUAGGUACAUUACCUAGCCUAGUUAUACAGGGCCUACUGUUCAUCAGGUGAAAUAGGUACAUUAUCUAGCCUAGUCAUACAGAGCCUACUGUUCAUCAGGUGAAAUAGGUACAUUAUCUAGCCUAGUUAUACAGGGCCUACUGUUCAUCAGGUGAAAUAGGUACAUUAUCUAGCCUAGUUAUACACGGCCUACUGUUCAUCAGGUGAAAUAGGUACAUUAUCUAGCCUAGUCAUACAGAGCCUACUGUUCAUCAGGUGAAAUAGGUACAUUAUCUAGCUAGUCAUACACGGCCUACUGUUCAUCAGGUGAAAUAGGUACAUUACCUAGCCAAGUCAUACAGAGCCUACUGUUCAUCAGGUGAAAUAGGUACAUUAUCUAGCCUAGUCAUACAGAGCCUACUGUUCAUCAGGUACAUUAUCUAGCUAGUCAUACACGGCCUACUGUUCAUCAGGUGAAAUAGGUACAUUACCUAGCCAAGUCAUACAGAGCCUACUGUUCAUCAGGUGAAAUAGGUACAUUAUCUAGCCUAGUCAUACAGAGCCUACUGUUCAUCAGGUGAAAUAGGUACAUUAUCUAGCUAGUCAUACAGAGCCUACUGUUCAUCAGGUGAAAUACAGUGCCUUGUAAAAGUAUUCACCCCCCUUGGCUUUUUUCCUAUUUUGUUGCAUUACAACCUGCAAUUUAAAUGGAUUUUUAUUUGGAUUUCAUCAAAAUAGUCCAAAUUGGUGAAGUGAAAUGAAAAAAACGACAUGUUUAAGAAAAGUGUGCUAUGAAGCCCCUAAAUAAGAUCUGGUGCAACCAAUUACCUUCAGAAGUCCCAUAAUUAGUUAAAUAAAGUCCACCUGUGUGCAA